GAAGCAAAAGGUUCAACAAGUCACUACAAAUUGUGCCAAGAUCUGUACGUGACACUUCUUAAAUAUAUUGAAUUCACGAUGAUAUCGAAGCUGGGGGAAAAAAACACACUUCGCUGUUUUAGUUUUCACGGAAAAAUUACGGCCUUGGAAACUUUCGAGAUUUGAUGCAAGAACCAUUACCUCUCACUGUAACAAUAUCCACCAUGGCGUGGAAGCAACUUAAUGUUUACGUUUCUCGGCUCUGUCACUUCAUAUUCCUUGGAGAUUACCUAGUGCUUCAGUUUCUGCAAUGAAAUUACAACGAACUAAGUGUUAAAAUAAGUUCGUGUACAAAUUUUAUCUCGUUUUCCUAUGAAGUGUUUUUGUUAUAGUGGUGCUCGUGCAAUGUGAUAUGUUGCUGUUUCAAGCGUUUGUUUUCAAUGUUCUGUUCGUGUUCAAAAUUGCUUUUGUUUACAAAAGUCACCUCCAAGCUACGACGAUGUUAGACAUUGUAGGCUAAUUGAGGGUCCGGUGUUGUAUGUUAACCUGUACUAAACAUUUAUUUUAAUUUGUUUACUGUAGAAUUGUGAUUUUAUGCUUCUGUUUUGCCAGAAAGAUUAGGCCUAGGUAUUCCGAUUUAUUUUAGUUUUUGCAGCCUAGGCCUUGGCCUGCAGUGGUUCAAUAGUUGCAUCUAUAUCUAUGCUGUCAGUAAUUUUCAAAAUUCACCAUAUAUAGACCAUUUAGGCAAUUAAACCUGGUUUAUAUAAGCCAGGCACCGGAGAUCGGAUGAAUAUAUUUACAGUGUGAUUAAUGAUGUCUUAGUAGCCUGUCACCCAUCACUCAAGUGUCGUUAACCACGUUGCAAAUUACCCACGAUGCUACUCUGGAAUCAUAAUUAAGACACCAGCGUUUGAUCCCCGAGACGAACGAGGAAGUAAACGGUAUUGAUAAAAUUUCUUUCCUGAACCACUGCGGCCUCUACUUGAUCUUCGACCCGCGGAACAUGGCGGCAGAAACCACGAAGAUCGUGCAGUCCUUAAGUCUGCCACUCAUGGUCGUUGCUAUGGACUGGUCGCCGGAAGAGGGCCUCUUCCUGCCCAACACUACGAGAUUGAGGAUGAUACCUUUUAGGACCUGUUCUGCCUACGUCUUUUUAUCCGAAGAUGUCGAAGCCAUGCAGACCUUGGUAGCGUCUGCACCCUUCAGGAAGAUUUUCCAUUACCUCGGCCGCCACGUCUUCGUUACGGGAUUAACAGCUGGGUCACCCAAGGUCAUCCUCGAUAACGAAGUCAUGGCUUGGAGGCCUCACGCUUUGGUCAUCAAGGCUGUCGAUAAGGACGAAAAGGCUGGAGAUAACAGACUUGUGAAUUACGAGCUAUGGAGUCACCACCUCUUUCGACCGGACAUCUCUGACAACGUUUACCUGGUGGAGAGAUGGGACCAAGACGGGCCCCAGCGGAACGCCGACCUGUUUCCGGACAAACUGAGCGACUUCCAUCGGAGCGAACUGACGGCGGUGACCUUCGAACACCCUCCCUCCAUCAUACAAGUUCCUCAUGGAGGCGACUCCGGAUCUGAAGGUCACAAUUACGACGGCAUCGACAUUCGCCUUCUGCGCCUUCUGUCGGAUGCUCUGAAUUUCCGCCUGAAGAUCGUCAACCCUUCUGACGGAGGGAAAUGGGGGUCGCCCAAUGAGGACGGUUCCUGGAGUGGACUGACGGGAGACCUUACUCAGCGGAAGGCUCACAUGGGCGUGGCCAAUCUCUUCAUCCUUACCAGCUAUCUGCAGGUAGUUGAUAUGACAGUGGCGUAUGAUGUGGAGGCAGGAUGCUUCAUCACUCCUCUACCCGAAGACUUGCCCCAGUGGGUAGCUCUCGUGUAUCCCUUCGGCAGAGAGGUGUGGAUUCUCAUCUUGAUCUUCCUGUUUCUUGGUACCCCAGUGUUAUAUGCAAUGUCUAAAAUGGCUAACCGCUGGCUGGAAGACGCAUCUUCUUGGGGUACCAACCUGUACCAAAUUAUCUUCUACGGGAUUGGCAUUUUCCUUGGCCAGGGCAUGCCACAGGAACCCCAGGGUAAUGUCACCAGAAUUUAUUUCAUCAUGUGGGUCUGGUAUGGUCUGCUGAUCACUGUUGUCUACAAGUCCUCAUUAACAGCAUUUUUUACCAUUCCUUUGGAGCAACCUCCCAUUGACACACUUGAACAGUUGACACUUUCCACCCUCCCUGCAUGGGGGAGCACUGGCAUCACCUUCAAACAAAUGCUACAGGAAAGCCCAGAUCCAUUGGUUCAAAGUCUUGCAGACCGCUAUCAGCCCGUGAGUGGCACCAAGGAAGGAAUUGUGCUGACAGCGCAGAAGAGGUAUGCUAUGAUGGAAAAUCGUCAAUUCCUGGAAUACACCAUUGCUACCAACUUCACUAACAAGUAUGGCGAGGAAACAUUGCAUGUUAUGAAAGAGUGCUUUCUCCCUUUCCAAAUUGGCAUGGCCAUACCGAAAAAAGCUCCUUACAAACCGAAUUUUGACAAAAUCAUCAAGAAAAUUAUAGAAGCUGGACUGGUACGUAAAUGGUUAAAGGACAUAAUAAGUACAAGCCAACGAAGAGGCGCUGAGGCAGAAACAGUUGAUAGAGUAGGGGGUGCUCUCACUCUGAAUAACCUUCAGGGUGCAUGGCUCCUCUUUGGCAGCGGAAUUUUGAUUGCACUUCUGAUGUUUAUGCUGGAAAACAUUUUAAAGUCCUUGAAACAUCAACAAAAGUAGACAUCCUUCAACUCGAACACCAAGUUACAUGCUGAACCCAAUAUGGAUUUAAAGUGUCGCACGGUUAGCGGGAGAAGGCGAACUGCCGUAAAAUUUUCUAACCACUCUGGUACUGCCUGUGUUGAGUGGUGGUGGCUGGUGGUGACAGGUGUU